UAGUUCUUUCUUAUACUGGCCUCUGGGCACUGGGUCACUGGUUCAGGUGUACUUUCGUGUCGUGUUUUCAUAACCGAUCGUAUUAAUCAUUUUCUUACGCCCCGCAGUUCUCUUAUUUGUGCUUUGUUUAAUAUUUGCUGAUAAAUAUCUCAGAUAUCAUUCGUCGGAAGCUAAUUCCUCCUAAGAUGCAGGGCAAGCCACUAAUCUGGGCGUUUGUGCAAGAAAAAGGGCACACCUACUGUUUUUUGUACUCACUAUGUUGAGUUGAUAAAACACCUCUCCCAAUCCUAGUCUCAAGUUGGUAAAAGAGGGUUGGCAGCCAUGAAUGUGAUUUUGGCCAGACCCCUUGGGGGAAUUAUCGCACAAAGCCAAGUCUUACAGUGACAGUCGAAUCGAACGCAUAGAGCUUAAAGAAUGGCAUCCUCGCCAAAAGUUACUCCCUCCGUUGCCUUGUGUACCAACGUUGCACCUGAUAUCAACAAAAACUUAUAUUGCAACCUGAAACUGCCUUACCGACUGGAUAACAAGACUGAGAAAGAACCCGAACUGUCCAAAUCCCCAUCCUCCAACCGAUACUCUACUCUCAAAUAUGAGUACCUGAACAGGAAUCAUGGACGGAGGAGGUCGAAGAGCGAAGGGGUAGAUUUAGACUGCCUGCCACCCCAGCUCAACACUAAUUCAAAUUGUGCGAAAGAAUCAAAACAUGUAGAUAGAUUUCAGUGGAAACAUCUUAUAAGCAUGGACGAAUUCAAUCACAUUCCAAACAAUCGCUCAGUGGACGUAGGAAGAUUGAUAACGUCACGAAAUGACGAACCGCACCCGUUUUUGACCAUAAGUUUGAAACGACUGAAAGAAACUAGCAAUUCAAAUCAAGCUUGUUCGAAGAAAAGUUAUAUAAACACGUGGAAUCAAGAAGAAAUGCGAGAGACGAGGAGUGCUUCCAGAAACAGGGCUCUAAAAAAUGUCUGUAAUGGCAGUGCAAUCUUACCGGAUAAAGCAACGAGUCAUUUGCACCAAAAAAAUCACAUUUACGAUGAGAUACUCUUAAGGGACAUGAAAAUUGAAGAGCGAUACAGAAAAGAGAUGGAAGUUCUUCGAUGCAAGUUGCAUGAGCUUCAAGGAGUUGAUGCCAAACGUAUGAGGAAGCAGAAUGAAAGCGAUAUUUUUGUAAGCGUGUCCAGUUUAGCCUCUGCAAACAUUGCCAACGCUCCUAGUGAAUCCAAGAGAUUUGGAAACAUCUCAUCUGCAUCUCACCGCUCUAGGGCUGUGUUACCUGCGUACCCAAAUAAUGAGUGCAUGCCGAAUUGCUCCCUCAGAGAAGAGGGCCAACACAAAGGAAGGCCAAUUCAGGAGGAAGAAAUUUCCAACGGGAAUGCGCUCAUGAUGUGCUUUGAGGAUGACAGCCGCGCUCCGCUGUCAUCCUCAAAACUGCCCAUCCCAAAUACUCUUUAUCCAUUGGACGAUAUGGGAAGUGACGGGUUCCAAUCAUCAAUCGUCAGUAAUAUCUCGGCCAAUUGCUCAAAAAAAUCCAAAUCUUGUACACGGGAGUGUCAGUGGACUCCACUUGAAAGACAAUGCAAAUCGACCAAAUUCGAGGAGUUCAGCUCACCCUCCACAGAUUCUGGAUCUCAAAUUAGCGCCUGCGAUGAGGCCGAAAUGCAAAGCAUUAGUGCACAUGUAAAAAUCAAUCGUCUGGAGCACGGGGGAAAAAAUUUAAUCAUAGCCAGCAAAUCAGCCAGUUCCUCUGAUAUAUCUGUCACUCAAGCAGUCAACGCAACUUGCUCCUCCAGCUCAGGUUUGAUGUUAAACGGUAAUGAGCCCAUGUCCCAGCCGCAUCCUGCCCUUAGAGGAAGUUUAUUCACCCAUGUGCCUCCGUAUAUCAAAUUUUCCUCACAUAAUGUCAAAGGUCCUGAUCUUCCUCCAAAUGUUCAAAAGCUCUUGAAGUGGAAACUAAGCACAAUCACGCCAGUUAUUGUUCGUUAUACCAUUUUAAAUUCAGGAUUUAAGCUUGUCAGAAAAUCAAAUGAAUGGACUGGAACGUGGGGCAAACAUAUGAAGUCUGUAUGUUUCAAGACGCUAAAAGACUAUCAAAAACUCAACCACUUCCCCGGUAGUUUUCAAAUUGGUCGAAAAGAUCGUCUUUGGAAAAACUUUUCCCGAUUAAUGAAUAAAUUUGGAAAAAAAGAGUUCGGUUUCUCUCCAAAAACGUAUGUGCUGCCUCAAGAUACCAAGCUCCUACGAUCUGCUUGGGAAAGACACUGUGGCAAAGAAAAAUGGAUUAUUAAGCCGCCUGCCUCUGCCCGUGGAACCGGUAUCAAAGUAAUCAACAAAUGGGGCCAUAUUCCCAGAAAAGUGCCGCUUGUUGUUCAGAAAUAUAUCGACAAACCGUAUCUAAUCAAUUCUACCAAGUUUGACCUAAGACUUUACGUCCUUGUCACUUCUGUAAAUCCCCUUAAAGCGUACAUGUAUGACAAUGGUCUCGUUCGAUUUGCGUCUGUGAAGUACUCCAGUGAUGCAGCAACCUUGAAUGAGCGGUACAUGCAUCUGACCAAUUAUAGUAUAAACAAGGAAAGUUGUCAGUACACUCAAAAUCAAGAUGCUGACUCGUGUGAAGGUCACAAAUGGACUUUGAAAACUCUUUGGUCAUAUCUAGAACGAGAACACAAGGUCGAUGUGAGCACCUUAUGGGCUAGCCUAGUAGAUGUUGUUAUCAAGACACUAAUCUGCGGAGAGUCAUCAAUCCAUCAACUGACGCAAGCUAAUCUUCCAUCACGAUACUGCUCUUAUGAACUCUUCGGAAUCGACAUUCUGUUCGAUCAAGUGCUCAAACCAUGGUUACUUGAGGUGAAUAUCUCACCGUCUUUACAUUCUUCCUCGCCGCUCGACUUAGCUGUCAAAGGCCCUCUUGUCAAAGACUUAAUGAACAUUGUCGGUUUUCAAAUACCACCUAAACUUUCCGGAACCUCUCUGGCUGAAGUGAAAAAGGCCUUAGGAAUAAAGUCCAGUUUAUGCCACGACAAAAGAUUGUUCACUACCCUGAUCUCAAAUGCUGAACGAGAAAAGCAGAUGGCUUUCACCCAAAUGGAAAGCAGAGAAGAUUAUUUGGAUUCAAUUCUGGAGGAUUUGACACCAGAUGAUGUACGCCAUCUUGUUCUGUAUGAAGAUGAACUAACUCAGCUCGGAUCUUUCCAGAAAGUGUUUCCAACGCCAACCACUUAUGAAUACCACAACUUCUUUGAGGCUCCUAGGUACUACAAUAAACUCUUUGAUGCUUGGGAAGUUCGUUACCACAAAAAUCGAAGUUUAGGAGUUGAACUUCUUGAAUCCAAAUGCAAAUUGAAAAUUCAUUUGGACGUUUCACAGAUCAACUUCAACACAACCAAGGGUCAGGGAAAGCGUAAAAAGCUUGGAUUAGUCAGGAAUUUUAAUAUUUUGUGGAAAAGUCAGGGGAGAAUACCAAGGAAUUUCAUUUUUAAAACGAAAAUUUCCGGGGAAGCUCGAAAAAAAAUUGUCUCCUGUACGCAGAGUAACCAGGUGCAAGAUCAAGUAAAGAGUGAACAAAACAGUGAAGAUAAGAAAGAAACUCUCGACGGAAGCAAGGCUGUCAUAGUGAACGGUUAAGUUAGUCCCAGCACUCCUCGGUUUCAUCCAUCCUUUAUUUUCGCACUGCUGUGGUGGCUGCUCUCAUGCAUUCAUCACUGAAUUUAGGAAGAAAUUGGACAGCAUUUCAAUUUUCCCCCCGAACAAUAUUUCUUUCCCAGUUCUUGAUCGAAAGAAUGCCAGUUUUUUUUUGUUAUCUAAUAUGUACCAGAACAUUUUCAGAAACUUGUGAUUAUCUUUCAUUAAUUUUAAAACUCAUCCUGUCAAUGCACUUGUUUGGCAUUUUAUUGCCUAAUUUGUUCAUACUUAGAUAACUUUCAUCGAAUCACUCUGUGAUUUCUGGUAUUAAUGUUAAGACUUUUUCAACCCAGGACUUUUCAUCUUACUUCCACCUAAGAGCCUAGGCGAAUAUGAUAAAAAACUACAGAUUUUGUAAAUUAAUCUAGUGAAACUGAGAGGUAAAUGUGCUAAGCCUUCAGUGUAGAUUUUUGUGUCAAAUACUUUUUGAGUUCGAUUGUGGGAAGUUAUUAUACAUAUAUAUAUAAAUUCAAAAUCAUGGAAAAUGUCAGAGCAGUCGUAUAGUCCCAUGGUAAAUCUACACUGGGUAAGAGCUUGAUUUUUCUACGCUCGAACGCCACUGCAUUUUUUACAUUUCAAGGUUUUGCUUUUAUUGAUAAAUCAACAAAAUUUUAUAGAGUUUAAUGAAAAAGUAAUGUGCACAGUUGGCGGAUACUUUAAAGUCUCUGCUCUUUAUCGACAACAAAAUUAUGAGAAAAGAAUAAUCCAGAAUUUUAUCCCGAAUGAAAGAAGUUCAAAAGAGAAGACUUCCAGUCGAACCAGAACGAGUCAAUGAAUUGAAAUCGCCUCUGAACUGACAAGUUUUCCUGAAAGAAGUCAAUUUUCAGCCCUUAUUUAUCUCUGUAAAAUCUUUGUUAUUCCUUUUAUUCUAGAGGUUUGCAGCUGAAGUCUGUUAGGGACAAAAUUUAAUUAUUGUUUCUAAGUAUCGCUAAUUUUAGUGUUUGAUUUUAGCAGCUUGAUGUCGUUAUUACUUCUGGAACUAAUUAGAUUUAUCCAAAUAGUAUUUCUGUCCACGCCUGUACUGGUUAAUUUGUGGAUAAUUGUGUUCUACUAAAAUUUAAUGCUUACUUUCAUCCCAUGUUUUGCUGAAAAUAUCCAGUUUAUAUGUUUGCAAGCAGCUUCAAUUUUCUCUGCCAUGACCAAGUAUUCAUUCUACCCCAACCGUUCCUAAGCUAUGUAUCUGGAUCUUGUUUGAAUUUGCCUCCUUGGCGUUUGGGGAGAAAAUCAAAUGCAGUCACGAAUCUCAAGUCGACUCAGGCCUAGCUCCUGGAAUCAGUUUUUGGGUUGCAAGCAUCCGUAUCUAUGUAGCUGUUGAAGGCAAAAAGCUGGCCACAGUCUAUAUCUAAAAAUGAUCAAAUUGUUACAGUUUACCAUCCCUAACCUGUAGGAAGGGUGCUGCAUCUGCAUUUCUAGCCUAGCACUUCAGACGGAAUGAGAGCUCUCCAGAAUGGGUCUAUUGCAUGCAAGAGAUACAGCCAACUGAUAACAUAUACUAAAGGUGGAUUCGCUCGAAAUUCAUGUUGGGCACACCGAAAAAGUCUCAAAGCCAUCCCUUUUAGCACAAUCUAUGAAGUUUGAAACACGCUUUUUCAAAUUUACCGCUUCUACAGGGAGUUUUCGUUGAUGGCCAGCAGUCAGGUUUGCCUGUACAGAGACCUUACCGAAAUAAACAAGUAAUCUUAUGAAAUGUUGUAAACUAUCCUCGCCUAAGAUUUCAAUUGAUUCAAAGCUUUCGUCUUUGCAACAUAAAGAAAGAAAAAUGAAACAAACAAUUGAAAUUACAGAAUAAAAAAGGUUAGUGAAAUCGUUUAUUUACUCAUUGUCAGGUCAGUUUCUCUUAUUCCUCUGCCUGUGUCUCGGCGGUGACCGAGAAAAACUGCCCGUAGAGGCGGGAAAGCUGACAAAAGCAUGUUGCAAACUUCAUAGAUUGCGCGAAAAGGAAUGGAUUUCAGACUUUCUAGACGUGUCCAACGUGAUUUUUAUGCGAUUUUACCAUUGGAAA